AUGCUUGUCAUCUUCUUGUUGUCGCUCCUCGGCGCCCUUUUCGUCUGUUGUCUCCUCUUUCCAUCAGUACGGGAUUCUAUCACGGCUGGAGAUGAGUUGCUCGACAUUCAUGAAGCCGGUCUCGCUCUUGUGUCUUCUCGCACUCCGUUCCGUGAGACGGGACCACCGGCUUGUAUGGCUAAGCUUAUCAUGUUGAGACACAAAAUCAAUCAGGACAACACUCGGAGACGGUGUAGCGUCAGCCGUGUCCGCCAGGCGUCGCGCACAUACCAUGUCACUCCUUAUCGUCCAUCUCGCGACAUUCCUUGGGUACGGUUUGGGAGGGCGCACGGGAAGCAAAACCAUUGA